GGUAAAAAAAAAGGAUUUAGGGGGAAUUGGAAAAGGGCAAAAAGGAAGUGUGUCGCUUGGAUAGGUAGCAGUGAAGUACAGCAGAGCGGUUAAUGGAAUUCCAAUUCCCGGAAAAGUUUUUCCUAAACAGAAUUUUUUAUUAAUUUUCGAAAAGAACAAAAAAAAAGUUGUAGAAGUAGUAGUAGUAGAAGAAGAAGAAGAAGAAAGAGAAUUGUUAUCAAAUUACAGCGGCCUGGGAAGAAGUUUUCCCUGUAAGUGUCGGUUGUGCUGCCAGAUUUGACUGUCGGGAUUCAGGAUUUGGGGUGCAUUACAGCCUCAUGACUUCUUCUGUGAACGAUCUUUCCGGGCAGGUCUCAAUCUUUGUUAACAAAGGGCUCUUUUGUGCACUGUUGUUGGCAGUUUCAUUACCUUCCGUGGUCACUUUCUUACCUCUUGAACCAUGGUCAAAGUGCAUAGCCAUCCAUGAUAAUAGUGAAGCUGAUGAGCAGCAAAAGCACUCAGAAUCCCAGAUACAUUCUUCGUCUCCUAUAACUGGAAUGUCUCACCCUGGUGUUACUGCCUCUAAUGUUCAGUAUCCAACACCUCCACAACUUGGAGCAGGACCUGCUAUGGCACCGGGGGCAUACCCGUACCCAGAUCCUUAUUAUAGAAGCAUCUUUGCUCCCUAUGAUGCACAACCCUAUCCUCCACAGCCUUAUGGUGGGCAACCAAUGGUCCAUCUUCAGUUGAUGGGAAUCCAGCAGGCUGGUGUUCCUUUGCCAUCAGAUGCAGUUGAGGAACCUGUAUUUGUGAACGCAAAACAAUAUCAUGGCAUCCUGCGACGUCGACAGUCUCGUGCAAAAGCGGAAUCAGAACAUAAAGCUAUUAAGUCUAGGAAGCCAUAUUUGCAUGAAUCUCGACAUUUGCAUGCACUGAGAAGAGCAAGGGGAUGUGGGGGUCGGUUUCUCAAUUCAAAGAAAGAUGAGAAUCAACAAAAUGAGGUGGCAUCAGGUGACAAUUCGCAGGCCAAUAUCAAUCUCAACUCUGAUAAAAAUGAUAUUUCUUCCUCAGAUGGCACAUCCUGAAGUUUUACUGCACAAACCAGUUAUUGAUCAAAGGUGUCCUUUCAACCAAGGCUCAAUACCAGUCCCAAUGGUAGCAGUAUUGCUUCAAUCUGGAUCUAUACUUAGAAUUCAGUAGCAUGUAUAGGUUAAAUCUGUAGGCAGUUCGUAGGGUGGUUGCAAGAUGAGGCAGAAAUAGUGUUAUUGAUGAACAGUGACUGUUAGCUUCUCCGAUGGAUUUCUCGUCAGGCUUCACUUCUUUUUUUCUUUUUCUUUUUUCUCUCCUUUUGAGAGUGAUGGUUAAAUAUGCUGUGUGGGUGUUUUUAUGCAUUUGAAUCUCUGUGGCGAGGUCAAGACUUCCUAACACAAAAUUUGAGUUGUGUUGAUUGUUUGGUUUGGUUAUGUUUAAUUAGCUUGGCAAAGAUUAGAUUGGUUGUUGCUCUAUGGUAUCAGUCUGAUCCCUGUGUUGUCAGCUGGGAGAAUAAGUCAGAAUUGUUUAAUUAAAAUUGUUGGUGAAUCUAGCAGGUGAUUGUCAUAGUACUAUGUAAUGUAUUUGUACAAGUUGCAUGUAAGUCAGAAUGGAAGUUUUAACA